AUGUGGCUCCCCCAGAAUGUGGUAGCCUUGUGUCUGUCCUGCCUGGUGCUGUCUACCCAUGGCCGGGACAGAGUCUCUCUGCGACGCUCAAACGACCACACCGGGCGCUGCCAGUACACCUUCACCGUGGACAACCCUGACGAGGCCAGUUUCUGCUGUGGUGAGCUGGUGUCUGUGGGAGAGCCUGUCCUGCACCGGAAGGUUGAUAGCGUCACAGGGAAGUAUGGGGUGUGGCUGCAGGACCCUGAGCCCCCCCCCCCCUCAUACAGCAAUAAGACAGUGUGGCGCAUCGACACGGUGGGCAAGGACGUCCGCCAGCUGUUUGCACACGAGGACAUGGAGCAGUUCGCCAAGGGCUUCUCCAUGAAGGUGCUGGUGCUGCCGGUGCCCGUGGAGAGCACUGGGGCAACCCUGUACCGCGACUCCCUCUACUACCAGCGCAGACACCGCCGCAACAUGCACCGCUACGACCUGGCUUUCGAGAGCCUGGCAGGACGUCUGGAGCUCCCCUACGCCGGCUUUCACGGCCAGCACCCCUACUCUUGGGGCGUCUACACAGACAUCGACCUGGCGGUAAACGAGCAGUGCCCGUGGGCCAUCUACAGCCCCAGCAAGGCCAAGGGAGCCAUCGUGGCGUCCCAGCUGGACCCUGAGAGCCUGGAGGUGAAGAGGAGUUGGGAGACCAACAUCAGGAAGAACACAGUGGCUAACAUCUUCGUGAUCAGCGGUUGGGUCUACACAGUGGCCAGCUACACGGCCCCAGACACCACCGUCAACCACGUGUUCGACACGGCCACCGGCCAGGGCCGAGGCCUGGCGGUGCCCUUCAAGAACCACUACCGCUACAACAGCAUGGUGGACUUCAACCACGCCCAGAGGAAGCUCUAUGCCUGGGUCAACUUCCACAUGAUCACCUACAAUGUCAGGUUGGCGAAACCUAGCGGAAACAGUCAAUAAGAGGAGGCUGGGUAAAGAUGAUGGAUUGGUGUGGAGUGCUGUUACUAAAAUAUGAUCAACCAAUAUCAUUACUAACAGCUUUCUAAUAAGUUCAUAGUGAGGCCUUUGUUUGUGUGCGUUACUCUGUCUAGUAGAAUGUACUAAUGUAAAUAACAUGAAUCUUACAAUGAAAUACCUCACUACGUUGGAACUCUUUGUGCUACUCCAUGUAAACAAUCUAAGAUAUUGCUCUUCCUGUAUUAUAUAUUAUGUCUUUUACUUAUUUUAAUACAUUUUUUUGACUGUAUUGUCCAUGUAAAUUUUCUAGUAAAG